AUGCGCCUCAAACGGGCCGCUCGCGUCAUCCUCAUCGGGGCUCCGGGUGUUGGAAAGGGUACACAGACGGAACGCCUGCUCGCUCGGUUCCCCCAGCUCCAGUCCAUCUCCACCGGCGACGUCCUCCGUUCGAAUGUCAAGCGACGGACAGCUCUCGGCAUCAAGGCGGAGAGCAUCAUCAAGUCGGGUGGCCUGGUCGACGACUCGACCAUGCUCCGCCUCAUCAGCAACGAGCUGCGGACGAGGGGAUGGCUGGACUCCAGUGCGCCUAUGACGCUGAAUGCGUCCCCCAUCCACUCGGGCGACGAUCUGGGACAGGAGCCUGCGCAUGCGCCGCCCAGCGAGGAUCCCAGCGCCAGCUUCAUACUGGACGGCUACCCCCGGACGCCCGGCCAGGCGACCACGCUCGACCAGAUCGUGCCCAUCAACCUAGCUGUCUCGCUCGUCACGCCCUUCUCUGUCAUACUUGACCGCAUCGCGGGGCGGUGGGUGCACGAGCCCAGCGGUCGGGUCUACAACACUUCCUUCCAUGCGCCCAAGGUGGCCGGCCUCGACGACGUCACCGGAGAACCACUCGUCCAGCGACCAGACGAUAAACACGAGGUGUACAGUGAGCGAUUGAGGAAGUUCCAAGAGACCAGUGAGCCAUUGCUCGAGCAUUAUGCCAAAAAGGGCGUUCUAGUGGAGGUGGAGGGGUUGAGCAGCGACGAGAUCACCCCAAAGCUAUUUGAGGAGUUUGAGAAGCAUUUUGUGCGGCGGUCAUAG